AUGAUUAUUGGGAAUGUUGAUAAUUUUAAACAAAGUAAUUUAACAAAAGAAAAAAAAAGUGACAAUAAUAUGAUAAUAAAGCGUAAAGAAUACGAAGAGUCAAGAAUAAAAGUUAGAGCAGUCACAUCAAAGAGUAGUGAUAGUAACAAGGAAACAAAUCCCUUGAAAUCCGAUAAUCCAAAACCAACAAGUGACCCUCCUUCAUCUUCUAACUAUCCUCCCACCAUAUCAAAAACAACCAAAUCAGAUACAUCUGUAACAACUGAUGAUAUACAACCUCCAACCACACUAACAACCGAUGGUACACAACUUCCAACCAUAUCAAUUAUUGAUACUUUUACGAGUGUUACUGCUACUAGAAUUGUAUCAGAAACAACAUCAUCAGAUGAUAAUACGGAUGUCAUCAACACAGUCAAUACCCCUACAGAAACUGAUGACACAUUACUUCCAACCUUAUCGAUACCUGAGAACACUGUGGGUAAUACUGUUACUAGAAUUUUUGAUCCAACACCAACGACUUCACAAAAUGUUCAGACUCUGACUCAAGUUCAACCUAUAACUACACAACCUCCUUUACCUCCUCCAAUAGAUUCAUCACAGCCAAUAAUAGCGCCAACUGAUCCAUCACAAUCACCACCAACUGAUCCAUCACAAUCACCAUCGCCACCAUCAGCAUCACAGUCAAUUAUCAAUUCAACUGAUAAUGAUAAUAGAGUUAUAAAUACCAUACCAACAGCUCAGACAACACCAACACAACCAAAUAGAGACAAUACUCCAACAACUUUAUCUGAUACUUCUCACUUGUCAAAGAUCACGGUGGCAACUAUCAUCGCGAUAGUGGUUAUAACGGCAGGAUUUAGUAUUGGUGUAUUAUUUUUUUUCAAAAAAUUCAAAAAAACUAACAGUCAAAAUCCAGAUGAUCGAAAUAAUAGUGGUAAUAGUGGUAGCGGUAUGAGCAGAUGGUUACCAUCAAUACUAUCAAGUUUAACCGGAGGUAAUGGUAAACUACUACGAAGAAAUAAUAAAAACAACAAAGUAAAAGAGGAAGAUAUAUGGAUAUCUAGUUAUAAAAAUACUCUUGAUCAUAGCGAAAAACCCAUCGCUAUACCGAGACCAACUUUAAAAUCGAGGGUCUUAAAUGUAUUAUUUGAACAAAACAGUAUAAAUGUUUUUGAUGGAUUUGAUGGUAAUUAUGUUGAUAUUAACGGUGGUGGGGUUGGUGGCGGAAAUUUAUUAAUUGGUUGUACUUGUGGCUCGCAUAGUAAUAAUAAUAGCAAUCAUAGUGGCGGCUUAUUUGGAAAUAGUAAUUGCAAUAGCAGUAACCAUAGUAGAAAUAGUACUCAAAGACCUGUUAACGGAAGUAUAAAUAAUAAUAUUAAAUCUCCAUUGGCAAAUAAACUAUACAAUAGCAGUAAUCUUGCUAGUAAUAAUAGUAUUAUUAGUGAUAUAAACUCACUGGAUUUAGUUUAUUAUGGUGUCAGAAAUAGCAUUUUUGAUUCUGAUAAUAGUGGCGGUGAGAUAAUUCACUAUUUCAAUUCUGGUGAAGGUAGCUAUUCAGAUACUAGUAGUGUAUACCUGCCUGCCGAAAGAAACAAUGGAAAAGCCGAAACCGUGAAUCGUGAUGAUGAUAGAGGAGAGGCAGGUUCGAAAGACAGAGAACUGUGA